UUCCGCGCCAGGAAGCCCGGGAACUUGCGGCUGCGGCGCCGGCGGGUGGCGGCGCUUCCACGUGCUCCCCGCGGCGGGUUGAAACCGUUGGCGGGCGCUGGCCGAGAGGCGAGAGGCGGCGGCCCGGAGGACAAGCUUAAAACCCGUCUUGAAUAGAGACUGUUUAACCAGUUAGCUAAAAAUGGUGUUUUUUACGUGCAAUGCGUGUGGUGAAUCGGUGAAGAAAAUCCAAGUGGAAAAACACGUGUCUGUUUGCAGAAGCUGUGACUGCCUUUCGUGCAUUGACUGCGGGAAAGACUUCUGGGGCAACGACUAUAGAAACCAUGUGAAAUGCAUACGUGAAGAUCAGAAGUAUGGUGGCAAAGGCUAUGAAGGUAAAACCCACAAAGGCGAUAUUAAACAGCAGGCGUGGAUUCAGAAAAUUAAUGAAUUAAUAAAGAGACCCAAUGUUAGCCCCAAAGUGAGAGAACUUUUAGAGCAAAUCAGUGCUUUUGACAACGUUCCCAGGAAAAAGGCAAAGUUUCAGAAUUGGAUGAAGAAUAGUUUAAAAGUUCAUAAUGAAUCCAUUCUGGAGCAGGUGUGGAAUAUCUUUUCUGAGGCAUCCAGCAAUUUUAGUAAGGGACCGGUCGAUAAGGGACAGGAUCACCAGUCGUGCAACCAAGUGGCAAACCUGCAUGCAGACGUCUCUGUCAAGGCUCCAUCCUCCAAAGGGAAUGGCACCCUAGAAGAGCAGUCGGAGGUGAAGAAGAAUAAGAGAGAGAGGAAGGAGGAAAGGCAGAAGAACAGGAAAAAAGAAAAGAAGGAGCUAAAACUGGAUAAUAGCCAAGAAAACCCGAAGAAUCAGAAGCUUGGGAAGCAAAAGAGGGCACAGGAGGCUGCCCUUAAGGCUGUUGGGGAGGAAACCCCGGAGGCCAACGGCACGGCAGGGAAGAAGAGCAAGAAGAAGCGCCAGGGCAAGCCUGCAGGGGGUGAGCGGGUGACUGGAGGCCAGGGCCCUGAGGAAGACGCCGGCAGGGAAGAGACCGGAGUGGGUGCAGGCAAGCGGAAGCGGAAGCACGCGGAAGUUGAAACAGAGUCUAAGAAGAAAAAGAUGAAGUUCCCAGAAAAUUCUGAGGGCAGAGAAGAAGGCUUCCAGGCUCCUGCAAAAGGCAAAUUCAACUGGAAGGGAACUAUUAAAGCAAUUCUGAAACAGACCCCGGACAACGAAAUAGCACUCAAAAAGCUAAGGAAAAAGGUUUUAACUCAGUAUUACACAGUGACAAAUGAACAUCACAAAUCCGAAGAGGAACUCCUGGUUGUCUUUAACAAGAAAAUCAGCAAGAACCCCACCUUUAAGUUAUUAAAGGACAGAGUCAAGCUUGUAAAAUGAACAUUUCUGUGUUUUAAAACUGAAUCCAUUCUGUUGACUUCUUUCUUUCACUGCUGUUGUAAAAUAUGUAACGAAUCAUAACAACUCAAACUUUGUCUUCUGUAGCUGUAUUUUAAGUUAAGGAAAAAUAUAUUUUUGGUAAAACUUCUAUGAAAAAAUAAAAUAUAUUAUUACCCCAAAUUCUAA